GAGGGGAGGGGAGAGAGGAAAGGGGGUGGAGGGGAGGGGGAGAGAGCGAGACUGUCCGACCCUUUGGCCAGUCCGGUCACCAUGAAGAUACAAUUCGCCCCAUUAAACCUACCACUGGAGCGGAGAUUGCAAACUCUGGGAGUUCUCCAGUGGGUAUUCUCCUUUAUAGCUUUAGCUCAGUGCUGUCUGGCUGGCUACGUCCUGCUGUUACUCAGUGACUACUGGUAUUUGGCCGCUCUCUACUCUCUCUGGCUCUACGUGGACUGGGACACUCCGGCCAGCGGAGGCCGCAGGUCGCAAUGGAUCCGGAACUGGACCGUGUGGAAAUAUUUCCAAAGUUACUUCCCCAUCACUUUGCUGAAGACAGCUGAGUUGUCCCCUCGCCACAAUUACUUGUUUGGGUUCCACCCUCAUGGGGUGCUGGUGGCCGGAGCCUUUGGUAACUUCUGCACCGAGGCCACAGGAUUCUCUCGGCUCUUCCCAGGCCUCACCCCCCACCUGCUCAUGUUACCCUUCUGGUUCCGGGUGCCUUUCUACAGGGAGUACAUCAUGUGUGGAGGCCUGGUCUCCUCAGAUAAGCAGAGCGCAACCCACAUCCUGAGCCGGCCGGGGGGAGGGCAGGUGGCUGUGUUGGCAGUGGGGGGACCCCCAGAGGCCCUGGAUGCCCGGCCAGGGGCCCUGACACUGCAACUGCUCCACAGGAAGGGAUUCGUUAAACUUGCCCUGAAACAUGGUGCCCACCUGGUGCCUGUGUUCUCGUUCGGGGAGAACGAGCUGUUUGACCAGGUCCCGAACCCCCAGGGGUCAUGGCUCCGUGGCCUACAGGAUAGACUGCAGCGGCUGGUGGGGCUCUCUCUGCCCCUCUUCCACGCUCGUGGCAUCUUCCAGUACAGCUUCGGUCUCAUGCCCUACCGUCAGCCCGUCAACACCGUGGUGGGCCGGUCCAUUGCUGUGGAGAAGACCCCGAGCCCCACCGGGCAGCAGAUCGAGGAGUUACACCAGACUUACCUCAGCCAACUCCAGGAGCUCUUCGAGGAGAACAAGGCACGUUUCGGGGUCCCUGAAAGCAAGCACCUCAUCCUGGUAUAACCCCCCCCCCAAUCCGCCCCAGGGCCAAU